GCCGAGAUAGCAAUUUGUUUAUUUGUACGCGGGUUUGAUUACAAUCCGUUGGCUUCUGAGUUGGUGUGAUACCGUCGCACGUCGAGAACGGCACUCAUCGGCGGUGGUUUCGCUUUUUGACGUUUGAUUUUUUUCUAAAUAAUAAUUAUACACAAUUAUCGCUUUUGUCGCCCGCCACCGCCCCGCUAAACUCCUAUCGACGACGGUAACGAGAUCCGCGUAUGUCACAGCGAGCCAUCAACCGCGCUAUUCCGUUUCUGCUUGUCGAUAUUUUCGUUACCUCUUAUCGAAGUGCCCGAAGUGCGUUUCGUUUCCUGCCAAUUCGUCCGCCCGUCCGUCCGUUUUUAGUUCCAAUGAGUGUAAUGUGCGCGACGUGACCAGAAAAAUGAACGGCCGUCCAUCGUACUACCAUAGCCACUCACCGUUCUCCAACAAUUCGCUGGCCAUCUGCAAGGAAAUUCAGCGGUUUGAGAGCGUCCAUCCGUCCAUCUACGCCAUUUAUGAUCUCAUCGAGCUCAUACCCGAUCCAAUCGUCGCCCAACAAGUCAGGGACCAUGUCGUGUGCAUCGAAGAUUCGUUUGUAAACAGUCAAGAAUGGACGUUGUCCCGAUCAGUUCCGGACUUACGCCUGGGCAUUGUUGGUUCGCUAUCGUCCGGCAAAUCGGCGCUGGUUCACAGGUACCUGACCGGGUCGUACAUGCAAGAAGAGAGUCCAGAAGGAGGUCGAUUCAAGAAAGAGAUAUCCGUAGACGGCCACAGUCACCUGUUGUUGAUCAGAGAUGAGGGUGGUUCUCCAGAGUCACAGUUUACCGCCUGGGUGGACGCUGUUAUAUUCGUGUUCAGCCUGGAAAACGAAGCGAGCUUCAACGCCGUGUACGGAUAUUACACGAAAAUGGCACAUUACCGUAACUCGGCCGAAAUACCGCUCAUCUUGGUCGGCACACAGGACGCCAUCAGUGAAACGAACCCUCGGGUAAUAGACGACACAAGAGCCAGGAAGUUAGCGGCGGACCUGAAGAGAUGUUCGUAUUAUGAGACGUGCGCCACGUACGGUUUAAACGUGGACCGGGUGUUCCAAGACGCUUGCCAAAAGAUCAUCCAGCAGAGGCUGUCGGCAUCUACCAACUGUCUCUCGGACUCUCGGUGCUCGACGCCUGCCUCAUCGUCGACCACUACCCCGGUUGGUGGUUUGCAGUCUGCAUCGUACGCAGGUAACCAACACCAACACCACCAACUCUACCAACACAUGCAAUCUCCAGCCAGCGGUUCAAGGACGUUCUCACAAACCUCAUCGCCGUCGCCUCCUGUACACGGCGCCGGCGGCGCGUCACCCUCUCACCACGGUAGUAGUGGUGGCGUAGUCAACGCAUUCAAAGAGUCGGUGCUCCGAUCGAACUUGUCGUCGGUGCUGAACCGACAACCGCUCGAGCUGUCCAUAGCUCUGGACAACAACAAUGUAUCGACGAAAACCGCGUUCGACGGUGGUGGACUUAGCGGUGGCGUCGGCGGAGGCAUUGGCUCUGCUAUCGGGCUGUCGGUGCCCUGCAAGGACUUACCCACACCCAGUUCCACGCCCACCACUACCAGGAAGACCCGGAGACGGUCAAACCUGUUCAAUCCGUCCAAGAAGGAUGACAAGAAUCGGUGCCUGGCCACCGGUGAGCUGGGUAGCGGUCGGGCUAUUCCUCUCAAGCAGGGUUACUUAUACAAGCGCAGCAGCAAAGGUCUCAACAAAGAGUGGAAGAAGAAAUACGUCACACUUUGCGACGACGGGCGGCUGACGUACCAUCCGAGUCUGCACGACUAUAUGGAAGACGUACACGGCAAAGAGAUAUCGCUCCAGUACGUCACAGUCAAAGUGCCCGGUCAAAAACCCAGGGGCUCAAAGACCAUCAUGUCGCUUUCGUCAUCGUCGACGUCGGCCAACCACCAUCACCACCACAGCAGCAGCAACGGCAUAUCCGAACAUAUGUCGAACAUAUCGAUAUCGAAUUUCCAGUCGAAAGACAAACGGACGGCGGACAAAGUGAUGCUCACCGCAUUCGAACUGCUGAAGGAGCCGAGCUAUAAGAACGGUGUUUCAGCUAAUGGUGAUGAAUCGACAAUAAGCAUGUCGAAUACUUCGUUGUCGGCGAACAACGGUGAUCUCAAAGCUGAAACACCCAACGUGAAAAAGAGACACAGACGGAUGAAGAGCAGUAACAUAAAGAACCAAGAGUGCGAAGACACCGAUGGAUACGAAUUCCUAAUCGUAUCGUUGGACAACAAACAGUGGCAGUUCGAAGCUAACAGCUCGGAGGACCGAGACGAAUGGGUGGCCGCCAUUGAACAACAGAUUCUCAACUCGUUACAAAGCAAUGAGAUCAACAAAGUAAAUGUCGGCGGUAAAUUCGGCUCGUCCUAUAAUCGAGCGGAAGACGUGCAAAGCAUCCGGACGCGAGUGCCUGGAAACGGUCAAUGCGCCGAUUGCAAUUCUCCGAAUCCCGAUUGGGCCAGUUUGAAUCUGGGAAUACUCAUGUGCAUCGAGUGUUCCGGAGUACACCGCAACCUGGGCUCGCACAUAUCCAAAGUCCGGUCACUCGACUUAGAUGGAUGGCCACCUUCCCACCUCAAAGUAAUGAUGGCGAUGGGUAACGAUCUGGCCAACUCUGUAUGGGAAUCCAACGUCCGUCCUGAUCGAACCAAACCCAAUCCUGGUUCGAGUCGGGAGGAGAAAGAACUGUGGAUACGUAGCAAGUACGAGACCAAAGAGUUCCUACCGGCGAUAAGCCAAACUUCUAACUUAUCACAGCAGCUCAUCGACGCCGUGUACAGGUGUGACAUGAAAGCCCUCACGCUGAUACUGGCCCACGCCAGCGCUGACCAAGUGAAUUGUGUUGUCAGCCACCGAGACUUGCGCACGCCCUUACACCUAGCCUGCUCCGCGAUCAACCUUCCCGUAGCACAGCUACUCCUAUGGUACAAAGCAAAUGCCAAAGCCGUGGACCACGAGGGCAGGACGUGCCUGCAACACGUGAGAGCGGCUUGCCGGAGCGCCGCCGGUGCCGCGUCCGUCCAAGACGUCGGUCCCCUGACGGACUUGCUCGUGCAAAACGGCUGCCCCGAGAACGGCACUAGCACGCUGACCAGACCGUUGGACAUACUCCCGUCCAGCGUCAUCUGAUGAUCGACUCAACACAUCGCCGGCGGCACACUAGUUAUCGCGCAUUAUUGUUGCGUGUCGGCCGAGGAGGCGGGGACGACGGUCCGUUUGGCGUGCGCGCGAAACGAUAAAAAUAAUAAUUAAUGAAUAAUACCGCGCUGUGAUAGCUUUACAUAAAUAUAAUAUAAUGUUAUAAAAUAAUCAUAAAAAUACAAAAUAUAGUGUUGAACGCGUCGUCCGUACAACAAUAAUAAUAUUAUGAUAAUCGAGUGUCCAGUCGUUGGUUCGAUAAUAGUUUUGUACCAGGGUUGACGACAACGACGACCCCAGUCCAGAUUAUAUUAUAGUAUUAUUAUACCCAUUGUACACUGCGGGCGGCGGCAACCACAUCGCGUCCGUGACCUGUAUUAUAGGUAAUAUUAUAAUUAUUGUUGUUUACUUUUAUUUUAUACCGUCUCGUGUUAUUAUCACGAUCGGCUUAUACUAUAUUAUCAUUUUAGACUAUGUAGUAAUAAUAUUUUAUAUUGUAAUAUUAUAUAAUUGUGUUAAAAUUACGUAUUUAUCAACAAUUAUUAUUAUAUGUAUACAUAUUAUUAUUAUCAUUAUUAUUAUUAUUAUUAUUAUAGGUACCUAGGUAUAUAUAUAUAAUAAUAUGUAUAUAUUAUUACGAUGUUAUUAGAAUUAUUAUUUUAAACGAUUUGAUUUAUUAUUUUCUUUUUUAUCACUUGUUUUCUUUCUGUAUAAUAUUAUAAUUUAUAAUAACGCGUCUUCGUGAGAAACGUUUGUACCACGGUCAUCUUAGAACCUAGGAGACCUUAUACCGUGGCUUACACCAACUACUAUAAUAUCUGUACGAAAUAGCGCUUUAGUGUUUAUUAUUAUAUGAUGUGUCGACCGCUCAGAACUCUCCUGUUGUAGUUUUGUCGAUUAUUUUUAUUUGUAGACCUAUUUAACUGUAUAAAAAUACAAAAUCGUUUCAAUUAUUAAUAAUAUAUAAUAAAUUAUACUCACAACAGCUUUAAACGCGGUUACCUGUUCUUUUUUAUUUUCUCAGCUAUAUAUUAUUUUAAUAUUACAUUAUAUUAAUUUAUAUAGAUGGGCAAGUAUUCGUUGUUUCCUUUAUUCCUGUUAAUUUGUAUUGUUAUUAAUAAUUCUUGUUUAUUUUACUUAAACGGUGUAAAAACAAACAUAUUAUUUUUAUAAUAUUAAGUGUAUACAUUGUAUUUGCGUUCAUUUUUUAAACGUGUUCAUCAUACUUAAGCAUAUCACUGGAUACUUAUAAUGGCCACACGAGUAACAAUAUAAUAUUGUAAUUUUUUUAACAGUUACAAUACAAAGUCUUAAUGGCACCAUGCACUCCUACAUAACAAUAUAAUAUGUCUACAAAAUUUUGUACUGAAACGAUAAAUGUGUUGCGGUAGGCAAAUGCGCUUGUGUUCUUGAACUGCGUUUUUAAUUAUAUUAAUAGUAGUGAAAAAAAUAUAUGGAACGUUUUAAUUUGAUUAUUUUA